UACUCCAUUGGUCAUCUCGUAAUAUUUUUAUUUUGAACCAAUUAUAAUAAUUAAUAAUUCUAUUUAUUCCUUCUAAACUCCAAUUGUGAUUACUGAAUCUGCUGAAUCGUCUUACUUGUUCCCAGGAAGUGAGCUGUUUUGUGAGAACUGAGAUAAUAACAUUUACAACACCUAUGUACAAAUUACUGUGUUGUUAUCUCGGUAGAAUAUUAUGAUGGUGGUCUAAUCACUAAUCGUUAUUAUUAUUUUUUCAUUUUCUAUUCUCGAUUCUUCUGUAGUUUUUGUCGUUAUGUACGAUCACCAACGACAAUGUAAUAAUAUAGCUGUUCGACUUGACGAGACGAUGCUAAAUCGUUGCGAUAAAUUUGAAUGUCUAUCAUUACUUAACAGAUAAUCGACUAAUCUGGUGUAAUUAUUGUACAAAACGUUCUAGUUCGCUGUUAGUUCAUGUUCUACGAAAGACAACAAAAAAAACUACUCAACAGUUAUUAAAACGACAAUUUUCAAAAAAACAAAAUGAUUUCAAUCGAAACAAUAUUGUUGUCUAUUACGACAGCAAUUAUUACGCUGUUUGUUGGUAUUUAUUUAUACUAUAAAAAUAUAUACAACUACUGGAAAAAAAUAGGAGUUUACCAUAUUGAGCCAGAAUUUUUUUUUGGUAAUGCCAAGGAGCGAGUAAUGUUUAAAAAAUCAUUUCACGAGUUCCACAGAGAUAUGUAUUUUAAGUUUAAAGGUCACAGAUAUGCAGGAUACUAUCUUGGUCGACGAGCUUCGCUAGUGGUUAUAGAUCCUGAAAUAAUAAAGUGUGUUAUGAUAAAAGAUUUCAAUCAUUUCACGGAUCGUCAAACAGCUCGAUUUCGUACAUCCGAGUAUAUCACUCAGAUGUUGAUAAACUUAAAAGGAGCAAAAUGGAAAAGAAUGAGACACUUGUUGACCCCAGCAUUUACCUCGGGUAAAUUAAAAACAAUGGAACACCUUGUAGAGGAUUGUUGUAAUAAUAUGAGAGAGUUUCUAAACGAUAAAACUGAGGAUGGAGCUAAACCAUUUGAUUUAGAAAUGAAGGACUUUUUUGGUAAAUUCACAUUGGAUGUCAUUGCUACUUGUGCAUUUGGUGUCGAAUCCAAUUCAUUAACAGAUGUAUCGGGCGGUUUUGCUAGUCGAGUGUCAAACUUUGCCAGUUUAAGCAUCUUUAAACGUUUGUCUCUAUACAUUAUAUUGCUGUUUUUACCUGGAAUUGCACGAUUUGUACCAUUGUCAUUCUUUAACAUGGAAGUCAUUUACUUUUGUGCUAACGUAAUAAAAGACGCCAAACAUUAUAGACAUACAACUGGACAAAAGCGAAACGAUUUCUUGCAGUUAUUAUUAGAUGGUGAGAAGGAUUUGAAUAAAAAUGAUGAAAGUAAAUUGAAAGAAGAUGUGCUAACUGAGCCCCAAGUGAUAGCACAGUCUGUACUGUUUCUCAUAGCUGGAUUUGAAACGUCUAGUACACUAAUGGCAUUCACUUGCUACGAGAUGGCACUGAAUCCAACUAUUCAAACUGAACUCAGGGAAGAAAUCCUGAGAGUGUUAAAGAAAUAUGAUGGCAUAUGUACUCAUGACGCUAUACAAGAGAUGCAUUUGUUGGACAUGGUACUGUAUGAAACACUUAGAAAACAUCCGCCCGUCGCUCAACUGGAACGAGUGUGUACUCAAGACUACACAAUUCCAGAUUCUGAUUUGCACAUUAAAGCUGGUAUGACUGUGCAGAUACCUGUUGUGGGAUUACAUUAUGAUCCAGAUUAUUACCCAGAUCCACAUAAAUUUGAUCCCAGUCGGUUUACUCAAGAGGAAAAAGCAAAACGGUCUCAGUAUGUUUACUUACCCUUUGGCACUGGUCCCAGAAACUGUAUUGGUCUGCGAUUCGCUUUGAUGAGCACCAAACGAGGAAUGGUACACCUCCUUAAAGAUUUUUUGAUUGAAAUCAAUGAUAGAACUACAAUUCCAUACGAGUACAGUAAACACUCAAUGUUGCUGAAGGCCAAGGAUGGCGUCUGGCUUUCUGCCAAAAAACUGAAUACAUCGUAACAUUGUAAGGGCCUACUACUUAUCACCUGAAGUACCUACUACUAUCCUGUAGUAUUAUUAUAGGUAUAGCAAUAAAAAUACACCGAAUAUAUUUUGUAACAAAUUUUUAUUCUUUUUUAUCUGUUUUUUUUUUUUAUAAUUAUUAUUAUUCAUUGUAAAUUAUUGUGAUUUACAAUAAAAUAUUUUGUUUGUAUCACAAUAAUCUACUUGCAUAAAUAUAA